GGAAGAUCUGCGGUUGUAUCACUAGAGUUUCUCGUACUACCUGUAGACGAAUAUCCACCAGUCUUCUCACAAUCGAGCUACACUUUCCAAGUACCGCUUGACGCUGACAUCGGGGCCAUCAUUGGAGAAGUCCGAGCUGUCGAUGCGGAUGGAGGCGUGCAUGGCGUGCCAUCAUACCGCAUUGAACCAAGCAAUGCUCUAGUGAUGGUGGAGGAAAAGAGUGGUUUAUUAACUCUACGAAGCAGGCCAGACAAACGACGGAACCACACCAUAGAACAGAUCAAUGUGAUAGCUUCAAGUAGCGAUACGCAGCAGACAAAAGCUACAGUGUAUCUAGAGAUUGGAGACUACCCGUUGCAUACUGCCACUUCGACAUUUUCGUCAAAUAUUUUCAAGAUUGGAGCUAUAGCUACGGCUGUCUUGUUUGUGCUCAUGAUUUGUUUGCUGGGAUGUUGCUUAUUCGGGUACAAGCGAUCAAAGCCAAAGGAAGUGGAUAGCCCUCGCAAGCAGGUCUACUCUAUAAGUAAAACCAGAGCUAAGGAAAGAAGAGAAAGCAAUGGGAUAACCCGCAUGGCUUGUUCGCCAAAGCCAGCACUGCCAAGCAAUAUCCCACCACCGAACCCAUCAAUGUCUUCGUCAGCAUCCUCAAACUCGGGACUGCGAAAUUCCCUCCUUUCUCAUCGUGAAGCUGCGUCCACUCGGUCACAGCCUGAUUCAGGCAUCGAUCAAGACACCGUGUCCGUGAAUAGUUCUGUAACGGAGUACCUGAUUUCUAUAGGGGUAAAUCCAAAUCCGCUCCAGACGAGGCCGAGGUAUCGGCGGCCUGAAACGGUUGACUCUGCUUUGAAUGACUACAUCUACGCUAGAGUUGAAGAUAUACUUCCUCCUGGACCCGUCAGCUUAACAGAGAACGUGGAACAGCUCGAAGGUCUAUACAAGUACACUCAAUCUCGGCAUCCAGCCCCAACAUUUCAACCCCUUACCGAAAUUUUCGACGAGCUUGAAGAGAUUCAGAGGGAGCAGGGGAAGAAGCGAGAAAGAGAAUAUAUCCAAGUGGAGAUCUAG